GGGGGGGUGGUUGUGUGUGUGUGUGUCUGUCUGUUCGGGGAAGGAGAAUCAGGAAGUUCUGCUUGACUUUUUAAAAUAAGUUGAGCAGUCGUCUUCCUCUUUUCUACUAGUUUUGUGGCUGAGGAUGAACUGAGUGGCUUAUUCUAUGAUAUUCUCAAGAAACUGCUGAUUCCCUCACUUACGCAGAACCAAGUGUGCAGGCUCCAGCACAGACGUUGACGAGAGGCGGAGAGGGAAAGGAUGCCCGCCCCACCCCCCCCACCGCCCCCUCCCUGUGCCCCCCCUCCCCCCUCCUUUGCCUCGGUAAACUCCCAGAAGCCCUCUCAGAACCGCUCGGAGCAGCAGGGCCGCAGUGCCCUUCUGACGGACAUCUCUAAAGGCGCCCGACUGAAGAAGGCGGUGACCAACGACCGCAGUGCGCCCGUUGUAGACAAGCCUAAAGGAGGUGGAGGAGGGGGUGGAUUUGGUAGUGGUACACCUGGAGGUGUUGGAGGCCUGUUUCAGGGAGGUAUUCCCAAGCUGAGAUCCACAGGGAGCAGAGAAACCAGUGACACUGGGGGCCAGCGAGGACCUAUACUCCCUCCAGGGGCCCGCUCCGCUGGUGCCAGGCCCUUCAAUGCACCCCUCGGGGGCCCCCCAAGAUUUCCCGGGGCCCCAUCAUCCCCCCGUAGCAGCACCCCUGACCUACCGAGGGGCCGCGUGAUGCCCCCCUCCAGACCGGACACUCCGGGCGGACCUCCGCCCCCUGUGCCCAGCACCCCUCGACCCAAUCAAGGCUCUCGGGGCGGCCCCUUGCCACCGUCAGCCCCUGGGGGUCCCAGGCCUGGUUCUGGCCUGGGGCCCCCACCUCCUGGCCUUCCGCCAGGGAGACACGGCCCCCUUCCUACCCUGCCCGGAGGCUCCAGCAACUCCCGACCUCCAUUACCGCCCACGCCAGGAGUCAGAGCCUCCCCAGGGUCCGAGGACCGCCCCCCGCCCCCGCCGGCCCCAAGUGGGAGUAACCGCCUGUCGAUAGCCCGGGAUGGCCCGCCAACACCUCCUCCUCCGUCCUCUAUGUUCGGCUUGAAACCCCCCUCGCCCUCUGUCUCCUCCCCCUCCCCCCGCUUGCCAGGAGGGGCCCCUCCUCUCCCCCCAGGCCGGCCAGGCCCCCCUCCUCUCCCCCCCUCCCCAGCAGGGGGGGGGGACCAUGCAACCCCUCGCCUGCCCCAGAGGAACAUGUCGCUCAGCAGCCAAGCACCGGCCCCCCCACCUGGACGAUCGGGACCACUUCCCCCCCCCCCAAAUGAGAGACCACCCCCACUUGGAAGAAACCAGGUCGCAGGUCGCACAGGUCCACUUCCUCCACCCCCCCCCUUGGCUCGCAGCGGGGGAAGCGUGAGGUCCUCGUCCAUACCUUCUCCCAUUGGUCGGCCAAGCCCUGGCGGAAGGCCCCCCCUUCCACCAGAAAGACCAGGCCUGGGCGGGCCUCCCCCCCCUCCCCCUCCCAUGGGCAAUGGCAUCCAGAACUCUCACCCACAGACCCCUCACCACCAGCAGCAGCAGCCGAUGGGCGAUGAGUGGGAGUCUCGUUUCACCUUCCAUCCCAUGUCAGACCUCCCUCCUCCAGACCCCUACGUACCAAGUCAGAAGACCUACCCCAGCAAGAUGGGCAAGGGCGACGCCAGAGGUUCUGGUAAGGAGAGAGGUGCUCCCCCGCUGCCCCCCAUACCAAGGUGAAGAGGAGGUUCCCCCCCACCAGCCCUCAAGCCAUCUUCCUUUCUUCACCCAUCUUUUUUUUCUCUCUAUCACUGCUUCUUGGUUUUCCAGUAGCACACAAAUGUCACAGAAAUAUUUUAUACAUUUAAGGUACUAUAAAGUAAUGGCUUCACAUCUGUGUAGAAUUGACUGUGUGUCUGUGUGUUUGUGUGUUUGUGUGUGUACAUCUGUGUUACAGCCCUUGACCAAAGAACCCUGUUUAAAAGUGGGACAUACUUAAGUACAAUGCAAUGUCUAUACGAGCACGAUUUAAUGCUGUUCCUUAGGAAUAUUAAGGAGACGGCCCCUUGCCUUCAACUGAACAACCUUGACUAAUCUUGACUAACUAACCCUUGCAUCUAUCAAAAACAGGAUGUAAACCUUCAACAAAAGUCUGCUGGUGAAUGUUGUGCUAUGCUAUUGGCAAAAUUCACAAGUUAAGUGAACAAGUACUUCAAAGACUAUUGAACUGAAAAACAUUGUUCCGUUAUGUAAUUCAAUCAAUGAGUGUUAUUUGAUGUGUUCUUCCUUGGAGAUGCAGUGGUCUCACUCCAUAACUGUGGGUUACUCAGUCUGUUUCUGUGGUCUUAUGUCCCUCUCUCCUUGUAAUAGCACACCUGCGCCUAGAGUCCACUCAGUAUUAUAUGAACAGGACCAAUAAGAGAUCCAUGUUUAGGACACAUUAUUUAGGGAUCUCUUUGUGUCUAAACAAUGCCUAUGCUCCCUCUAUGGUGUUCCAACAGGAGGGCAGGGGACUGGAGGAGGUGGUCUAGGCUGUUGGUUUGUACUUGCCGUACAUCAACCGGUACAAAAAUAACUAAUCAAACCACAGCCGGCGAUCUGUGCUGAAAUAAAGAUUGAUCUUUGUCGAAACAAUAUAAUGCAACAUUUCUGACCCUCUAACAGCCAUGGUCAGAUAAUGUCUUUGUUCAGGGUUGAUGUCCAACCAGUUCCUAUAACAGCCCCAGUCGAGUCGAGUUUAAAUGAUGGAACCAACUGCUCCCUCUCAUCAGUCCUCUGUUGUUGCCAAAAGUAAAGGGCAAAACGCUUCAGUGUGUGUUUGCACUUUGCCGCCCUCCCAUGGUGACAUGUGACAUUGAUUUAAGAUCUAUGUGUUCGUCUUUCACACAAGCAGACAAAGAAAUGGAUGUUAAAUCAAUCUAGGAGGAUUUUCCGAGGUUGUGAAGGAGCUUUGAUUAAUGUCAAUGCUAUGAUUUGUUUAAGUGACUUUAAAUGAUUGUACAUGUUACGUUUGUGGACUAUGUAGUAUUAUUACUCUUUGCUCUACCCUACUCUGCUUUGAUUAUAUUUUUGUAUGUUUUGUUUUAUGUUUUGGUCAUGGAACCAAAUAAUAUGUUAUUCAUGGAACCAAUAUCGUGAGGGGUUUUUGAACGAAUUCACACAGAAUGGAUGAAAAUUAAAAAAUCGUAAUGUUUGUGCUAAUA